CUGUCAGUGUGUGGUGAGCAAAUGCCUCCACACCUCCGAGAGGUUUCUGAAGAAAACCGGCCCUGAGCACUGGUGGCUGGAAACGAAGGAUCCCUUUGUCAAGGCAGCAAAGCAGCAGCAUUACCGUUGCCGAAGCGCCUUCAAAUUACUGGAGAUCGAUGACAAGCUGCAUAUUCUUCGUCCAGGUCUUUCUGUUCUUGACUGUGGAGCAGCACCUGGUGCUUGGAGCCAGGUUGCUGUAGAGAGGGUGAACGCCUUAGGUGCUGAUCCUGGUGCCCCCACCGGCUUCGUCGUUGGCGUUGACCUGCUGCGGAUUUCUCCUCUGGAAGGAGCAGUCUUCCUGUCGGAGGCUGACAUUGCAGACCCGAGCACGCUGAGGACAAUUCAGAGUCUGCUUCCUGCGGAGAAGGUGGAUGUUAUCUUGAGUGACAUGGCACCUAAUGCAACAGGCAUUAAAGAACUGGAUCACCAGAAGCUGAUCAAUCUAUGCCUAGGCCUUCUGAAUCUGUCCCAGAGUAUUUUAAAGCCAAAAGGAACGAUACUUUGUAAAUUCUGGGAUGGACAUGAGGCCCGACUUCUGCAAAACAGGCUGAAGGAGCAGUUCCAAGAUGUGAGAACUCUAAAGCCUCAGGCCAGCCGGAAGGACUCUGCUGAAUCUUAUUAUUUGGCAAGAAUGUACAAAGGGAAAUGAAAGCUGAGAACCGUGGAUUAUCAAACAGGUGAUCAGGCUUUAAUUGGAAAUCUGAAUUUGGUGUGUGUUUAAAGAAGAAUCCCAGCAUUAAGAUGCCUAACUCGAACAGUUAGAUUGUUGAGAAUAACCUGGGAAAAUGAGCCACAAUUCUUUUGAAGUACAUCAUGCUUUUCUAAUAGGAAAAUAAACCAGCAUGGCAUCCUGCUGAGUUUAUCCACUAAUUAUAUAGGCAGAGACAUCCAAUCUAACUUCUCACCUGUGGAGAAAACAGUUGGGAAUGGAGAGAAGUAAUCUGAAAGGCAACCUCUGGGGUUGGGGUAAUGGAAACGAAAAUAAAACAGU